AUGGAGACCAACGUUAUGACUGAUAUCAUGUUAUGUAUGUUCAUCGGUUUGCUUCGCUUUCAUUUCGAGUCCAAAGCUGCACGGCGCCAUAUGGUGGUGAUUACUAUGUGCACUGCUGCUACCAUCUUUGGUGUGCAGCUGUUCUACCAGAUUCCGUUCAUCCCAUGUAGAGUGUGGCAGGAUGCAUGCAACCCUCUCUCAGUGGUGAAUGAUACGGCUCGUGUCCCCUAUAUAAGUCGCGCUACUUGUGUUCAUCUUCAAGAUGUUUACCAUGAUAAUAGAGACCGAUGCGGUGCUCUUGUCGAGCAUGAUGUUUUUACUUGGUUGCAAAUAUUCUUCCAAGUGAUAGGCUUCGGCAAGUCGCAUGGUGGCAUCACUCUGCCAUUUCCCUUUGGCUUCGGUCCGGUAUUGCUAACUCUAUGUGCUGCUUUGAUACAACUACGAAUCUAUGAUAGCCCUAGUUAUGAUGUUAUUGAGACUGCCUUCAUACAACAAGUGCGGUCAAGGAAGGCAAGGGCGAGGAGAUUCAUAAACGAGUUCAACGCCAAUCUCUUCAUAUUGAGCCGCCAGGCUACUUGCACGAUUGGGGGAAUAGCGGCUAAGCUCGGUAGGGUCCGUGAGAAGGUUAAUACUUUUGUUGAUAUCAACCAGAAGGGGUUCGAUGUGACUGUGACUACGAGAUUGGCAGUGGAGAAUCGUCUGUCUAUCGGCAGCAACCGGCUCGAUCUCCUCGAGCAAGGUGGCACCAAGGCUGGCUUCAAGGAGGUUGAGACCAUGCGAACAGAGCAGUUGCGUAUCGACGGCUUCAGCGAGUACGAGUCACGGCGGGCCUUGGAGAUCUGCCAUCGGCAUCCCCACGAGGCUCAGGCACUACUCAGUGAUGUUCGCCGCUUUGGACUGGGAAAACUGCAAGAGUCUCAAGUUCUGCUCAACUACACAGAGCGGCUAAAAGAGUCCUUCGAGGACGAGACUCCGGGUAUUCUGCGGAUCCUCAGACACUACAGACCAGAGCUGGUGGCCUCGUAG